AUGGUCCCCAGGACGACAGAGCAGGACGAGAACCAGUCGCUCAAGGACGAGAACCAGUCGCUCAAGAACCACUCGCUCAAGCAGGACGAGAUCCACGGUGGGACCGACAUCGACAAGCAGCACGAGACCCAGUCGCUCAAGGACGAGAUCAAAUCACUCAAGGACCAGCUCAACAGCGUCGACGCACAGCCCGCUGCAGAGUGGGGCGUCGCUGGCUGGGUGGACUCCCUCGCCCUCGCUGAGGUGGUGGCCAAGGCGCUGAAGGAGCCUGCCGGAACCACCGACCCGUUCACGUACGUGCUCAGCCUCUCGCUCGCCGACCUCAAGGAGAAGCUCGAGGCGGUAAAGCUGAGUGAGGCGAUCGCCGAGACCCUCUGGUCCGCCAUUGAGAAGCUGCGCGGCCAGAGCGCCGCGACCGGGGCGGCGCUGAACGCCAAGUUCGCCGCGGAGGGCGACGCGUUCAAGGGCGAGAUGGGCUUCGGCGGCGUCGAGCAGUUCUACGGAGGCGUGCUGCGCGCCAGCCUCGAGAAGCUCAUCGGGCCGCCGCUCAUGGUGGACGGCUCGCUCUUCAAGGCCAUGGAGACGGAGCACUGCAAAGAGAAGGAUGCGGACGUGCCGUUCGACACCUCCAACGGCAUCGAGGGCGCAACGUCCCGGAUGGAGUGGGAGUUCGUCGUCGCGCCCGUGGUCGAGGACCACAACAGCCGCUACGCCGAGCGCGGCGGCGACUUUCGCACGGCUCAUCGCGAGUGGUGCCGCAAGCCGGAGCCGCUCUCUGCCUACGAGGCGAAGAUGGCGGACGAGAUGAACCCGAGGCUCGUUGAGGCGGGGCAGGCGCCGCUCACGUUGGAGGAGCUCAUCGCCGGCCGGAUGUACACGGGGCCGAUGUACGAGAAGUAUAACGCCGUCCUUCGCUUCUCCUCAGCGCGCGGUGCCGACGGCGCUGUGCGGCUGGAGUACGCCUCGAUGGAGGAGGUGCCCUUUCUGCAGACGAAGUGCGGCACGCUUCACCUCGGCGAGUGGGUUGCGACGGCGGCAGGCGAGCCAGCCGCGGUGCGCUGGACGUGGCACAACCAGUACUCGACCACCAUCCACGCGAUCAACUCGAUCAUCGUCAAGCUGUCGCCGCUGACCAGGAUCACGCCGCUCUACCGCGGCUGGACGGGCGCCACGCUCCCGGAAGCCUUCUUCAAGCCGGACGUGCUCGGCUUCCGCGGCGGCGUCGAGUACGGCUUCUCGUCGACCACCACCGAUCGCGCGCAGGCGGUGCACUACGCGGAGGGCAAGGCGUCGACGGUGCUCGAGCUCGUGAUGGGCAUGAUCGACCGAGGCGCCGACAUCUCGUGGCUCUCGCAGUACCCGCACGAGAAGGAGACGCUGCUGCCGCCGCUCAUGGGCCUGCAGGUGCGUUCGACGGGCGUGGAGGGCAGCACGCUCGUCGUCCAGUGCAGCUUCUCCAUCAACAUGGCCUCGCUCACGCUCGAGCAGGUGUCGGGCAAGCGCAAGAAGCUGCUCACCGACAUGGGCGCGCAGAUGGCGGCGGAGGUGCGCCGCGGGGUGGCGGAGGAGGCAGCGGAGGAGGCGUCGCAACUAGUGCGCGCCCGGCUCGGCCUCGAGCGAUGCGCGGACGCCGGAGGCGCGGCAGACAAGCGGCUCGAGGCGCCGCUCGGCGACGAGGCCGAGGCGUACAACUCUGACGUGCGCUUCCAAGCGGCGGUGGGCGACGCGCUCAAGGUGAAGCGCUUGGUGGUGCUCGCGGCGACGAUGCAGCACGGCGGCGGCGGCGGGCUUGCCGCGGCGAUGGAUACGGUAUUGCCGCUGCAGGCCAGUGGUGUCGAUUUGACGGUGUUCGACCUUGGCAGCGACGAUGGCGUAAUGGUGGGAACGGUGGUCGCGUGGAUGGAGUCGGAGCCGUCGGCGCUGACGUCGCUGACGCUUGACUGGGGCAAGGCGUGCGGUCGCGUGCGGGAGGCGCUACUCGGCGUGGUGCGGACGACGCGCACGCUCAUCGUGCUGAGCGCUGGCGAGGAGGGGGCGAUGAAGCUCAACCCGCUGCAGCUCAACGGGCGCGAGGCGGUGACGUCGCUCGAUGUGUCGAACAAGAAACUCGGAGACGAGUUGGCUGGCGUCAUCGCGGCGGGGCUUUCGGUCAACGAGGUGAUGACCACACUCGACAUCAGCCAGAAUGACAUCGGCGACGAGGGCGCCAAGGCGCUGGUAUCUGCUCUGUGCGUCAACGAGGUGCUGACCAAGCUGAAUCUCGACGGCCUCGAGCUCGACCUGCCGAAGCUGCGCGGCACCGACCCGGUCGAGUCCCUCGACCUAUCGGGCAAGGACCUCGGACCCGCCUCGGCCAUCGUGAUCGCGUCGUUGAUUGCGGGCAACGAGGUGCUGACCGAUUUGAACCUCUUCCGCAACCAGAUCGGCGACGAGGGCGCCAAGGCGAUCGCCGAGGCGCUCGCGGUCAAUGCGGUGCUGAAAACCCUCAACCUCUGCGACAACAACAUCCGCGCCGAGGGCGCCGCCGCGAUCGCCCAGGCGCUGCGCGUCAACGCGGCACUGAAAACACUUUCGCUCGGCGGCAACAAGAUCGGCGACGAGGGCGCCAAGGCGAUCGCCGAGGCGCUCGCGGUCAAUGCGGCACUGAAAACACUUUCGCUCGGCGGCAACAAGAUCGGCGACGAGGGCGCCGUCGUGAUCGCCGACGCCCUUCGCGUCAACGAGGUGCUGAACAAGCUAAACAUCUCCUGGAACCAGAUCGGCCCCACCGGCGCCGCCGCGAUCGCCGACGCCCUCAAGGGCAACACGGUGCUGACCUCCUUGGACGUGGGCUUCAACGACCUCACCGAGGAGGCGGCCCUCGGCAUCGUGCGUGUCGAGCGGCAGCGCAACAAGCUGACCUCGCUCGGCUUGGCUAGCUGCAGCAUCGGCCCGACUGGCGCCGCAGAGAUCGCCGAGUACGUGUCGGGCAGCGCGGUGAUGACCGAGCUCGACGUCUCGUGGAACAGCAUCGGCGCCGCUGCAAUCGCCGAGGCUCUGCGGGGCAAUGGGGUGCUGACCAACUUGAACCUCCGUGGUAACCGCAUCGGCGCGGAGGGCGCGAAGGCAAUCGGCGAGGCGCUCGCGGUCAAUGGGGUGCUGACCAAGCUGAAUCUCGACGGCCACGAGCUCGACCUGCCGAAGCUGCGCGGCACCGACCCGGUCGAGUCCCUCGACCUCUCGAGCAAGGACCUCGGAGCCGCCUCGGCCUUCGUGAUCGCGCCGUUGAUUGCGGGCAACGCGGUGCUGAAAAGCAUCGAUCUCCGCUUCAACGACAUGGAUAAUCAUUGGAUCUUGGGGCUCCUUGGCCUCAACGGGGAGAGAGUAAUUCGAGAUGCGGUGAGCAGGCGGGAAGGGUUUGAGCUCCAGAUUUGA